CGUUUGAAACUGCUAAAUUGUUUUCAAAACUAUAUUUAAUUAAAGAUAAAAAUCAGCACAAAAAUGGUACUGGAUGUUCAAGGAACCUUCGUAUCUCAAAAAAUUAACAAAAUCAGGUGGAUUCCUGAAGAAUAUGUUGAAACAAAGUGCUUUUUUACCGGGAGCUGGGAUGAUGAAGUAAAUUCGGUAAAAGUUUGGAAUUUUGAGAGUCCAAAUGAAGAAGAAGAGGUCGAAUACCCUCGAGUGCUCUCGGAGUACCCUGUAGAAGGAGACGUUACCGAAAUAAAGUUCACAGAUAAAACCAAAAUUGCAGUCUCAACCUCAAAUGGAGAUGUGAGGUUGUUAGAAAUAAGUGUUUAUGAGAAAUCUACGCCUCUAAAAGAACUGUUCGUUUGGAAGAAAGUGCACAAUUUUGGUGAGGAACAAUGCUCCUGCACAUCUCUAGACACAAUGGAGGGAGAUAUAGCGUCUAUCGGCGAGGAUGGAUCGCUGAACAUCCUCAACGGUCGACGUGGUGAUAUCUCCCGGGUCGUAGCGCAGGCUGACAGCUGCUCGCUGCAUUCUGUCUGCUAUUUCAAACAUAAUGAGGUCAUCACAGGCAACCUACGAGGCCACAUGAAGAUCUGGGACCUUCGCUCGACGAACGACAAGCCCGCUGCUGCUUUCCUCCUCGCAGGCGACGAGUUAGCAGCCACAUGCAUAGUGAACCAUCCGACUCAGCCUCACAUCAUCUUAGCUGGUAGCGAAUCAGGGUCCUUAGCUGUUUGGGACCUGAGACAAAACUCCUUCCCAACUUCCUUACUCAACGCACAUGCAGCAGGCGUCACUGAAAUCCAGUUCCAUCCAGAAAAUCCCCACAAAUUACUAUCUUCUUCCGUGUCAGGAGAAUUAUGGGAUUGGAACAUGGAAUCGAUGACGAAAAGCACCAAAGGACCUGAUAACCAAAUAUCCAACUGGUUGCCGUUGGAAGACAAAAACAGUAUGAUGGUGAAUUCCCUUAUGCCAUCGCUACAUAAACCGGUGAAUACCCUGAGUUGUGAUCGAGGAAGAAUUCUGUGUGGAGCUGAUAAUGAAGCUAUAUAUUUGAUAAAGAACUUCAAGUAUUAAGGAUUUAUAGGGCUGUACUACCCCAUGUAGUACGGAAUCUAAAGUAAGUGUUAACAUUUCUCUUAAGUUGAAAAUAUUGUUCUAACCAGGAAUUUUAUGAAAAGUUAUCAUUCCAAAUCUUGUUCUGAGCAUGUGAUAGCUAAAAUGGUAUGGUGAGUGAAAUAAACCGAACGAUUGUUGUAAA